UUGACAUGAGACGAUAUAACCACGUGGGUGGGUUACGUGUGAGAAAGCCAAAUGCACUUAAUUUGGGGAAGGAUCAUUGGUGCCUUCGACUUCAGAACUUCAAAAGCCAAGCUAAUAUUCAUGUCGAAGGUAACAAGGGGUCCGAAAUCUGCCAAACAAUCAUAUUGUGACUGACCUGCCAAAUUCUGGUCAGACGGACUUUGGAUGAAGCACGCACAGGAGUCUUGCGCAGUCCAGGUCCAUUAUAACCAACAGCUAAACAGAAACUUCUCAGGUAUUCUUUAUCACGGCUUUUUGCAUUCCUGCAGUCGCUACUAGCAACCACGAAAAAUUCGAACGAAGCACGGCAUUCAACGCCACCAGCAUUCUUCGCCAAGUACACACAGCAUCUCAACAUGGGUACAAUAACGACUGCAACUUUCACACAUCUAUUCCAUAUUCGUAAAGUCGACUUCGCCGGACUCGUUUAAGCAGCCUCCCGCAAGAUGAUGACACCGAUAUCAAAGCUGGUCAGCCCGGUCCUUGUUUCCGCGAUCGCCAUUAUCGUGCUUCUCCUGCACAUUGGCAUUAGCCUUUGGAAACGUCGCACGGCCCGGAGCUCUUCUGCCAAAGACUUCAAAAAGCUAUCAAAUGAAGCAACAGCGCUGUCAGCAGAGACGGAAAGAAUCAGACGAGAAGCUAACGAAUCCUCAACCGCGGAUCGUACAGUCAGGAUCGCGCACCUAGCCUUGCUCUGCGAAGCCGACGAAUGGGACACUGCAAUUCGUAUCUGCCUCGCAACUUGGGAGGACAUCAUUUUGCCCAACUCGGGCACCGGUGACGAGGAGAGCGGGAAGAGAGACGCGAUCGGAAAGGGAAGACAGAAUGACCACGGGAAACAAAUGAUCGGCAUGAUGCACGCGAGAUGCAAGGAAGGACUCGCACGGAGGAAAGAACUCGGGCCGCAACUGCAGCGCAUACACUUGUCAUCACUUGUGCGGUGAGCCGGGGAGAAUCUCCGAGCUGCAUAUAGGCGUCUGUACUGAUUAGGGACUAGGAAGGGGGAUAAUGAGCGCAGCCGCCUUAGCCGUGGCUUUGUCCUUGGCCAAGAACCCAGCCACGAGAUGGAGAUGAAUCUGAUGGUGUGUAGCCUCGUACAGUAAUGCGGCUGUUAGGGGUGAAACUGACGACGAACAGCCUGGAAGUUUUCGAUGCAGCUCGUCUCAUAAGCUGCAUUCGAC